UGUGGUGAUGAAAUCUUUGUUUUGCCAAUGGCUGCUUCUACAAAAGUUCUCAACCUUGAUAAUCCUACUCAAACUGGAGAGUGGACUGUUGUUUUACCCCGUAAGGGCAAACAUAGAAGGAAUUCCCAGAAAAUAACAACAGAAAAAGGACAGCAACAUGAACAACAGCCGUGGGUUCCAACCGAUCUUGAGGUCGAUCCUAAGAGACAAUCAAAACUUAUGCAUAAGAUACAAGUAUGCAUGAAGAAAAUUGAAAACUCAAGAUUUUUUCUGGUUUUCUUGGAUCAGAUGCAAAGUCAAAAAACCUUGAAUCACUUCCACUCGGUUAUGGGAUCUGAGUUGAAACUGCAGAUGGUAAUAUAUGGUAUUGGCAGCAUUGAAUCUCAUGAAACUCCUCGACUUCAACUUAGCCUUGCACUUUUAAUUAAAAGAGAGUUUAGCUGGAUCGGGGAUAUAGAGGUGUUUGAUCCUGUUCUAUCUGCAACUGAGUCUCGGGUUUUAGAAGCCCUUGGCUGUUCCGUUUUGUCUGUUAAUGAGCAAGGCCGGCGGGAAGCUAAGAAGCCAACACUUUUCUUCAUGCCGCAUUGUGAAGCAGAGUUAUACAACAAUCUUUUACAGGCAAAUUGGGGAGUGGAGGCAUUGAAUCGAGUGGCACUGUUCGGAAAUAGCUUUGAAACUUAUGAGCAUCAUGUGUCAUUUAAGUACUAUGAUCAGGAAGUCUCAUGUAUGGAUUCAUCUGUAGCUGAAUCACUCACACACAUCUUAGCCGCCCGAAGAUUCACAGACGAACACAGAAUCGAGACAAUUUCAGAUGAUUAUUUUGCAGCUUUUCAUGAUUCAAGUUGGCAUUUUUUCAGGCUUUCUUGUGAGAAGGAGCUGCAGUUGCAUUGAGUUUGCGAAACAUAUUGUUUGUUUCUAGAAUCAUUUUGGCGUGAUUCAAAACUGCGUGUAGGAUUAAUUUUUUGCUAAAUGCUUCAUUUGAAUUCU